GCUCAGUACCCAGAGUCCGCUGAGGGAAGGAGGCUUGGAGGGAAGCAGUGUGACGGCCGGCCUCAGUUAGUCUGGAGCAGAGAGACAAAGCAGAGCAGGUGUGAGAUGAUUACUGUCCUCUGCACUGAACUGUGACAGAUCUGAUCGUCUGUGCAGGUGAAGAUCCUCUACAACAUGAACUCCUCAUCUGCCAACCUCCAUGGCACACGCCUACCCUCUGAGACGGAGCGAGGUCAGAAGGUCACCGAUGUGGAUGCGGCGCAGCAACUCAAACUGAGAGACAGACAGCGCUUCUUUGAGGAGGUCUUCCAGCAUGAUGUGGAUGUAUACCUCUCAUCCGCACAUCUUUGUAUCAGAGACUACAAGAGACCUCCUCUCAGCAGCAUCUCAUCCAUGGAGGUGAAUGUGGACAUGUUGGACCAGAUGGAGCUGUUUGACAUAUCUGAUCAGGAGGCCUUGGAUGUCUUCUUCAGCGCUGGAGGAGAUGAGAGCGUGCUGCCCUUCCCGCUGCCAGUCCAAGGAAACCACGAGGAAGUAGUCACAAAUGGACUCUUUCGACAUGUCCUUGAAAGUCUCGAUGCCAAGUCCCGCCUAUCAUCCACAUCAAAUUCAUCCUCCGACAGCCAGACCACCAAUGCCAGCGGAGGAGACACGCUGUCAGACGAAGAAACACAAAGCAGCACAGGCCUGGGGAGAGCUCCAUCCCCACAGAUAGAGAAAAACUGAAGACUCUCC